UCCAACAGAAAAGAGGGUAGAAGAAUGAUUAAAAAAACUACCUUCUUAUGUUUUCUAAGUCAAAUCUGUCUUUCGUGUUUUAAUACGAUUGAACGAGUGUCGUGCACCAAAUUUUAUUUAAAAAAAUCAGAGAUGAACCCGUUCGGUCCUCCCGUGCCUUUCCCUGCAAAUGUGAAUAACAUCUACCAGAACGGCCUCAACCGAACCAGUACGAUCCAAGCCGACUGGAAAGUGGUGUACAGCUGGCCGCCGGAUUCGAAUCCGGCUCCGGAACCUCGCCGGAUAGAACUCGGACAGCCGACGAUUUUGCAAUCUGCGCUGUUCCAAUGCCGUUGCAAGGAGGAAGUUGCUGCGAAUGCUGCGAAUGCUGCGAAUGCUGCGAAUGCUGCGAAUGCUGCGAAUGCUGCGAAUGCUGCGAAUGCUGCGAAUGCUGCGAAUGCUGCGAUUGCGGCUGCGACUUACCCUAUUACAGUCAAAGACUUAGACAAGAACGAAGUGCGAGCCUGCGAGAUGGUAGCCACAGAAGACGAGGUCCCAGCCGCCUUAGACCGUGCCACCUGCAUCUGCCAAGCCACCAACUCCUAUGACAAAAUAGUGGUCUUAACCCCACCCGAUACUAACUUCAUAUUCAUGUAUCAACGUCUGAAGGAUGUUCAGUACACUCCGGAGUGUCCUAACACUUGUUUACUACUGGCAAGAGAGGUCCCUCCUAAUCUCAAUGUAGUAGAAUUAGUCAGGGAUAUGGAGUUGGGCAGUCGGGAUGGUGGGUCAGUCUUCUAAGUGUAAAUAAGCGUUUUUAUAGACGAUCAACCAAAUCUUGGAACUAAAAAGGCUCUAAAUUUAAACUGAAUUAAGACGCUCUUAUAUUUUGAAUCAAUUUUUAAGUGAUGGUGAUGAUUCCACUAACGUUAAGGUUUUGGAAGGCACACGCUUUAUGAAGACAAUUUAUUGGCCGGUGACCCGUGUCCGUCAGGAUGGCGUGAGAGAUGUCUGAAUAGUCACAAAAUUUGCACCAAAUAACUGUACCUAAACUGUACUAAACUGUA